CGGGUCGAUCCCACGUGUCAUUUCUUAGCCGACCACAACCGCCAUGGCCAAACCCAGUCGUCGCCACAGUCGACGCAAGGCCGCAGCCGUCGAGAACGCCAAGCAGCAGUCGGAGCCCGCCAAGGCCUCGCCCCCCGCCGAUGACGCUGCGCACUACCUGUACCUUUACGCAGCGAUGGUUGCAGUGGCUGUGACGUGCGCCCGCAUCGACAUCGUCGCGCUCGCCGUGCCGUCGCGGUACGUGGCCUCCUGGUGGCGCUUUCUCUUCGUCAUCAUCGUGUGCAUCAACGUCCGUAACCACGCGACGCUUGGACAUCGCCCGUGGCAGCUGCGCUGGGCGGCCUACGUCCUAUGCAACUUUGCAGGUAUGACGGUCACCCAAACGAUCCGCGGCGAAACGCUGGGCUACCUACGCAGCCUCACGCCGUGGCAAGACGUCGCGUCUGCCGGUCUCCUCGUCGAGGCGCUCGUCGUCUGGAAGCCAGCGGCGCAAGCGACGAGUCUCAUGGCCCUCCGCGGUCUCUGUGGGUUCCCCGUUGCCGUGUGGAAGUGCUGGAGCGUGCGCCAGCACAUCCACUACGCGUACACUGCGUCCGUAUCGUGGGCCAAGGUAGCUCCAAUGGUCACGUCGGACAUGUACGCGAGCGGCAUUGCUCUCGCCUGUAUCGCGCACGCCGUGAGCACGCGCUCGCUGCUGCCAACGCGACCCGCGCAGCUCCAGUGGCCAAUCGAGAUUGCAGCCACGGUCGCCGCGACCAUCAUGAUUGUGCACGUUUGGCACAGCGACGACCUUCUACUGGGCUCUCUCGGGUAUACCGCCAUGCUGCUCUUCAACAUCCACAAGUUUUGCGGCGCGCCGCUAACGUACUUAAUCCUGGCCCGUGCGCGCAAAGUCGUUUGAACAUUGAUUUUCUACUUUUUCUUCUUGCCAG